UUUAGUUGUCGGGGUCGCACGGCUACGCGCUGGAGGUGAGGAGAAAAAGCCCUGCUAUCCGCCUAGAAGCCGCUUCAUAUUAGAGCAUCAGGCAGCGGGGGGCUGUGCUUGCGAGCCCUCGUUGAUGGCGAGGCUUGAAAAGCUGUUCACCGCGCGCUCCAUCAUUGGUCGCUUCCACCAAACGGCCUCACCUUAAGCUUGAGCACCUGCAGAGGCCUCAAGACGGAAAAGACAUAUAAUCGCUUGCCGCAUUCGACUCAUGGAAGCUGCAGAAAGCUGUCUAGACGCAAAAACCACCCCACCAGUCCAUCAUGGAACCUCCACGCCUUCUACCAGAGCGAUGUGUCAUCAUAUGUGCGUUUGUUGCCAGCGGGAAAACGUGGCUCACGACAAAUUCAAAAAAUCUCGGCCUAUCCGGGUUUAAUGUAUUGGAUCUGGAUUCGUCGGUGAUCCCCAAAGAGAACGGGCAGCGCGCAAGCAACUUCAAGGAGCUGUACAUGGCAAAAGUGAGGGAAUCAAUAGCGCCAAACACAAUCGUCUUGAUAUCGACGCAUGAGGAAAUACGGUCGGCUCUGGUUGAAGAGGGUCUUAACUACGCUCUGGUUUACCCGGUUCGCGAUCUAAAGGGGGAAUGGAUAAGGCGCUUGCGGUCUAGAAAGUCUCCCGAGGGCCUGAUCGACAUUGUUCAUAAGGACUGGUCAAGCAUGCUAGAUGAAUGCGAGAACCAGGGCGGCUGCUCACAUUAUGCUCUGGAAAAGGGACUAUAUUUAUCGGACAUGAUUGGGAAUAUUAUGGAAGGGAUGCUUCCAGGGACCUGUUAAAAGACGGAAAAUGACUGCUUCACGGCAUACAUCACGACGUCAUGCAUGAAUGAUUAAAUUUUAUGGUCACAAGUUCAUAUACAUAAUGUUACAAUAGAAGCAUUUGACACGAG